AUGUCGGAGUCAGAGACGCGCUCGUUUUUCGAGCGCGAGCGCGAGCGUCUUGUCUUAGAUAUAACGAAUCAGAUCGAAACAAUCAUUACAUCGACGAAUGCGGUGAACCGCAAGUUGGAGGAACACGUCUCGGUUGGCAAGGGCUUUGAAUCGAUUUCUGCCUUGUGGGGCCAAUUUUCUGAGCUUGCUAAGAUGGAUACGCAGCCCGACAUGAACGAGUCUACUGAGCCAGAUGCGCCGAUGUCGCCCAAGUAA